AUUGCAUCAUCUAGGUUAUACUUUUAUCUUAUUUUAUAUUUAUUUAUUUUUCAGUUUCUUCUCCCUCAGCGUUCUUCGUUUUCGCCUUCUCCAACUCUCUCUGCACGCAAGAGUCGCAGCCUCUCUCUGAGCUUCCAUGGAAAACGGAGAUAUCCCUGAGAAUGCCAAUGAGCAUUGCCCAGGUCCUCAGUCCGAAUCUGCUGGAAAAUCUGAUGCAUGCGAAGGAUGCCCAAAUCAGCAAAUUUGUGCCACUGCCCCCAAAGGACCUGACCCUGAUCUGGUUGCCAUUGCAGAAAGAAUGACUACUGUGAAACAUAAGAUAUUGGUCUUAUCAGGGAAGGGAGGAGUUGGCAAGAGCACAUUUUCUGCCCAGCUAGCAUUUGCUUUAGCGGCAAGGGAUUUUCAAGUGGGUCUUCUUGACAUUGACAUUUGUGGUCCAAGCAUCCCAAAGAUGCUAGGCCUAGAAGGUCAAGAGAUACACCAGAGCAACCUUGGGUGGUCCCCUGUCUAUGUGGAGUCCAACCUUGGGGUCAUGUCUAUCGGGUUCAUGCUUCCUGAUCCUGAUGAAGCUGUUAUAUGGAGAGGUCCACGCAAAAAUGGGCUUAUCAAGCAGUUUUUAAAAGAUGUCUACUGGGGUGAAAUUGAUUUUCUAAUUGUUGAUGCUCCACCUGGAACCUCAGAUGAACACAUUUCAAUUGUUCAAUGCCUUGAUGCCACUGGAGUAGAUGGUGCAAUCAUAGUUACUACUCCUCAGCAAGUCUCUCUUGCGGAUGUGAGAAAAGAAGUGAAUUUUUGCAAGAAAGUUGGAGUGAAAGUUCUUGGGGUUGUAGAGAAUAUGAGUGGCCUGUGCCAGCCCAUCACAGAUUUCAAGUUUAUGAAGUUGACAGAUAAUGGAGAUCAGAAAGAUGUUACAGAGUGGGUUUGGGAAUACAUGAGAGAAAAAGCGCCUGAAAUGCUGAAUUUGAUUGCUUGCAGUGAAGUGUUCGAUAGUAGUCGUGGUGGAGCAGUGAAGAUGUGCAACGAAAUGGGGGUACCUUUUCUUGGUAAGGUUCCUUUAGAUCCGCAGCUUUGUAAGGCUGCUGAAGAAGGUAGAUCCUGCUUUGCUGAUAAAGAUUGUGUUGUGAGUGCUCCAGCAUUAAAGAAGAUUAUAGAGAAGUUGAUGGAAACUAAUGGGCUGUCAAUGUUAGUAAGUAAUGGAGUGUAGCCGAUUUGCUUUAUGGUGAUCUUUGUAAAUUAAAAUCUAAUUUUGUCUCUGAACCUCGUUACACAGAAAAAUUUGUUUAGUACUUUUGUUUUAAGGCAUGUAAAACUAUGAUACGGGGUUGAGACAUUUUGGGACUAGAAAGUAUUAGUUUUCAGGUGCACUAUGCAGUACGCUCUUUUCAAUAUAGUUACAGACAAUUUUAUAGUAAAAUAAGUUCCCCAUUUUGUGUGACAUUGUAAGUUGUAUUCUGUCUGAAAUGUUUAUUUCGACUGUGGAUUUUUGUGAUUAUAUUUUC